AUGGCCAUUGGUGCCGGAGUAGGCGCUUCUGUAGGCGGCGGUGGAGGUAUGGCCAUUGGCGCCGGAGAAGGAGAUUCUAUGGGUGCUGGAGAAGGCGGCGCUUCUAUGGGUGCCGGAGAAGGCGAUUCUAUGGGUGCCGGAGUAGGAGCUUCUAUGGGUGCCGGAGAAGGCGCUUCUAUGGGCGCCGGAGAAGGCUCUUCUAUGGGCGCCGGAGAAGGAGCUUCUAUGGGUGGCGGAGUAGGCGCUUCUAUGGGUGAGGGAGAAGGCGUUUCCAUUGGUGCCGGAGUAGGCGCUUCUAUGGGUGCUGGAGAAGGCGCUUCUAUAGGUGGCGUAGGAAUGUUCAUUGGUGACGGAGAAGGAGCUUCUAGAGGUGCCGGAGGAGGAGCUUCUAAUGUUGGCGGUGGAGGUGGUGAUUUGUGUUUGUGUGGAUGUGGUGGUGGCUUAUGUUUAUGUUUGUGUUUGUGUGGAUGCGGAGGUGGUGGUGGUGGUGAUUCGUAUUCAGGGGAAGGCGGUGGUGGACAAUAUAUUUUGUAG